CCGGCCGGGAGGGGAGAGCGCGUGCCUGCCGGCUGCCGGGGGGAGCCGGCGGCAGCAGCGGCAGAAAGGAAAGCCCAGCAAGGCUGGAAAAGUGCUGUGUAACGAUGAGCAGGAAGUGCUCGGCCUACCCCCACCCCCCGCGUGCCCCCGCGGAGCGGCUGUGUCUGACGCGGCGCUUUGCUCGCCUUACGAGAAAGGGGGAGCUGGUGUUGCCAGUAAUGCGGGGCGGCUGCGAAGCUGGGAGGCGGGAAUAUAUCACGAGAAUAUUUUUUCCUUUUCCCUUUUUUCGCUUGCUGUUUUCCUUCCGACCACCAAAAGCACGGAGUGGCGCCGUUUCUCCGUGGGAUGGGCCUUCCUGCAGCGCAGAAGGCUCAGCGACCCUAGCGGUGCUUGCCCGGCCUAAACACUGGCCUAGCUCCCCUCAUGGAGGGACUCAGCCAGGACCAGAAAGGCUCCUCGCGGGAACAACUCAGUCUUCCCAUCCGAGGAGACUCUGUGGUGGAACCUUAAGUUCCCAUCUAUCUUGUUUAUUUCUCUGUGUUUUGGAGACAUCCUUUGUUUCACCACAUGCUGCACCACUGCCCGCCCUGCAGUGCAGAACAGGUACCAACCCAUCCCAACAGGAUGUGCCCUCAUGUGUUCCUCUGCUUGUGGUGAAAACGGAGGGGAGUGCAGCUGCUGCCACUGGCUCAAGAGAAAGUGGGAAUUCCUCAUCAGCCAAGGCGCCUUGCUCUACAACCUGCUGCCUGGCAGAGUAAAAUAAGAAUCCCAGACAACCGUCAAAGUCCAGCUCCUGAAUGCUCCACCUCAGCCACACCUCGUAUGGCUCUUGCAGAAGCCAGUGCAAGCAAAGGCAGGAAACAGCCUACCUAGAUAAUAAAUUUUUAGGAAAAAGGCUUCCUAUAGGCAAGUGUGGGUGGGUAAACCCUGGCUAAACUAGAAGGAGAGAGAGGUGCAUCUCUUCUCAGGUGCCAUGUGUGGCCGCUUGCCUCCUGCUGUCAAGUCAAGUACAGCCUUAGGCAUACAGCAGUUUGAGGUCCAAAAUGUUGCUGUAGGAUUGUUGUAUGGAUACCUAAAAUAACUGGACUGUAAUAUAAUUCAUGUGAUCUGUGCUUGAUU